CCCAUGGUCCGGGUCAAUUUCGGUUUUUGGGAGCAAAGUCAGACCAAAGUAAAAACGACAUCGUUUUAAAGGAGUUCAGUGACUGCGGACUCCGAAACGUUCGAAACCCCCAAAAAGGACCGGUUUUCUGGCCAUUUCCCAAGUUGGAAAGCAAAUCCAAACCCCAAGAGCAGCUUCCAAACAAACAGACUGAAGAAGAUGCCAUCCGAAGAUGCUAAGGCUGUGAAGAAAGAGGACACAUGCGAAAACAGCUUGAGGUCCCCCCUGGAAUCUCGCAAGAAGAAACCCGUAAAUGCCAAUGCUAAACCGAAGGUAGUGAAGAAAGAAGAGGUAAAAGAUGAAGAUGGCGAUUUUGAUAAACCCAUUAAGAGAGUUGCUGCUGCUGGCGCCAAAGAGUCCAGAGUCAAGAAGGAACCCAAUGACGUUCUUGAUGACGACAAACCCAUCUCUAAGAACAACUCCACAACCACUACUAAUGCUGCUAAGACUGAUACUAGGAAUGGGGAGAAGGAGCCGAAGAAGAAGAAAAAGAAGGGUGAGGAGAAGAAAGAAGAAGUGCAACAGAACGGGAAAAAGAGAGAGAAGAAGGUUUAUGAUCUGCCUGGUCAGAAACGAGACCCGCCCGAGGAGAGAGACCCUCUCAGAAUUUUCUAUGAGACACUGUAUAAGCAGGUUCCGAAUAGUGAAAUGGCACAAUUCUGGAUGAUGGAGUCUGGUUUGCUCUCAUUUGAUGAGGCAAAGGAAGUUUUUGAGAAGAAACAGAAGAGGAAUCAGCAGCAAAAGUUGAGUUCUCCCAAAAAAUCAGUUUCUACUGUGAAGAAAAAGCCACCACCACCAUCUCUUGUUUCAUCAGGUAAAAAUAAGACAACUGACUCCAGACUUGCUGUGAACCAGUGUAAGAAGAGAAAGGUUGAAGAUAAAAGGUCUGAGGAAGAUUCUGAUGAUGAAUUUAUGGUUAAAAAGUUGGCAAAGAAACAGAAAGCCAAGUAAUUCAUGUUAAUCAUUAACCCCUAAUUGUUGUGUUUCAUCUAUUUACUUUCUCCUGAUGAACAUGAACAUUAUAUUUUUAGUGAUUGUUUACCGAUUAAAUAUACUUGAAAAUCAAAAUUUAGCUCUUGA